AUGUCCUACGACCCAAACCACCCACAGGGUGGCCCCGCAGGAGCCCAGCCAAACAUGAACAUGAGCUUCAACCAGAUGCUACAGCGCUCGCAACAGGAGCAGAGAAAGCAGGAAGCUCCGGUCGAAGCUUCUGGCCAUCCUCCACAAGCCAUUGGUUACGGGGGGGUAUACAACGCAACACCACCACCUCAGCAGCUUCCACCAAACGCCCUAGGCGGGACGCGAGCGCCGUCUGCCCAAUCCAUACUCCCCGUUGAUCUCCCUCCACAAGCCUUCUUGACAUCAUCGAUGCUCUUGGACAUGGUCGACAAAAAGGUCGAUGUACUACUUCGAGACGAGAAGGAAUACAUAGGAAUUCUACGUUCAUACGACCAAUUCGCAAAUCUUGUCCUCACUGAGUGCACCGAACGGAUAGCAGCUCGCAAUCCCGAAGCAUCAACAGACUCCCCUGCCCCGAAAUGGUUCAUCUGCGACGUAAAACUCCCUGGUCUCAUGACAAUACGUGGUGAAAACGUCACCAUUUGCGCGACCGUCGACCUCGACGGAGAAGACGAACCGGCAGGCGUAAAGUUUGCGCCCGAAGAACAAGUGAGGGAACUAGCAAACGCUCAAAGAAAUGAAAAGAAGGCAUCGGAAGCACGCAAAGCGAAGGCAUACAAAACGGCAGGCAUCGAGGCCGGAUUUGGCAUGGCGGCAUAG